AUGACGACUGCCGAGUUCGGCUCCCAGCUUGCCAUGCUUGGGCUGAAGUCAGAUGUGCCCGAAAUUCCAUCUGCGGACAUACUCGCCAAGCCGCUGGAUGUGUUCAGGUCCCAUCUGGCCGGCCUGAUUGCCUCGGCUAUCAACUGCGAUGCAUCUUCGGCGUACGAUGCCAUCGCUGACUCAUCCAUGGGAGACCUCGAGCUCAUCGUGCCGAAGCUCAAGCUAAGGGACCCUGGGUCGCCACUGAGCUCAGUUGAUGUGAGCCGAAAGUUACCUCCAUCCCCAUUCUUCACGGCGCCCUUUGCCGAUGGACCACGCAUCACAUUCUACUUCUCCCCAACAGCGCUCCCAAAUCUCCUUCUUCCAUACAUCCAAGACCGCAAGUCAGCAUAUGGUCGAUGCAGGGCUGAGAGCUUCGACCAUGGCGCUUCCGUCCCCAGCCCUGGUCGCAAAAAGGUAAUUGUCGAAUUUUCCUCUCCCAAUGUUGGAAGCGAGUUCAACGGUAAUCACCUUCGGAGCACUCUGAUUGGCUUGUUCAUCUCAAACAUCUACGAGCUUAUGGGCUGGGACGUGGUGAAGCUCAACUACCUUGGAGAUUGGGGAAAAGAGAUCGCACUGUUGGCCAUUGGCUUUGGCCGCUUUGGAUCCGAGGACAUCCUGAAGGCCAAGCCGCUUGAGCAUAUGCUUGAAGUCUACCUCCAGAUCAAAGCAUUGUUCAAACCCGAGCAGGAAGAGAGCAGGCGGGCCAAGGAUCAAGGUAGCAGCACAGCAGACAUUGAAGGAAAAGGGCUCUUCGCCGAAAGGGACACUUUCUUCCGGGACUUGGAGUCGCGGUCCGAAGCUGCCCUGCACCUGUGGUCGCAGUUUAGGGAACUCGGUGUCAGUCAUCUUCGUGCCUCCUACCUUCGUAUGGGCGUUGAGUUUGACGAUUUCUCGGGUGAAUCUCAGGUCAACCCGGAGACGAUGAAUGAGGUGGAGGCCGCACUGAGGGCUAAAGGCGUGCUUGACCAAAACGAUGAAGGUUCGUGGGUUAUAGACUUUACCAAGCACUUCGGGAAAGCUGGUAAAGGUCUGGGAGCUCAGGUUCUCCGCAACCACGACGGAACGACAACCUACCUACUGCGCGACAUUGGUGCUGCUAUCGACCGAUACAACACGUACCAUUUCGACAAGAUGAUCUAUGUUGUCUCUUCACGCCAAUCGUCUCAUUUCCAACAGCUUUCCAUUACACUGAAGAUGAUGGACCGUGCUGACAUCGCUGACAAGAUACAGCAUGCCAGCUUCGGGGAGCUUCAGGGCCUUCCGGAACAUAUGAAAGGGUCCUUGUUGCUUGAUAACAUUUUAGAUGAAUGCAACUGCUCGUUGGGAAUGCCACCUAUUUCCAACCCCACUCACGAGCCCAACAAGAAAGGAACUGUAGUUCAUGCAGAUGCUAUGGCCAUCGGUGCCCUUGUCUCGCGGGAGAUUGCUGUCAAGAAGCGGUCUCACAACUACGCACUUCAAGUCGACCACAUGGCCCAAGAGGAAGGGGCGGCGUUCAACCUACAACAAUUCCAUGCGAAGAUUAUAUCGGCUAUCUCGGAGCUCCAGACCGAGACCGUCGAAGCAGCUGCUAUUAACUCUUCGGUGUUUGAAGACGAUGCAAUGGCCGAGCUCUUCGGCAUCCUCGCCAGGUACCCAGAAGUGACAACAGCCGCAUUCAAAUCGUUGGAACCCCAUACCAUCCUGGUCUACCUGUCCCAGCUUGCUUACUCCCUUGACCUCGACGCCGAUAAUGAGGACACACAAAACAACGAAGAAGGAGCGGAUGCCGGCGACAAUGAACUGAGUAGCUCACCAGAAGAGGAUGACCCAGGCGUUCUUCGAGCACGCCUUGAACUAUAUCGUUGCGUUCAGCAAGUGGUUGAGAAUGGAAUGCGUUUGCUUGGGUUUCCUAUUGUUAAUUAG